AUGGACCUUGAGCAGGAAGAGCGAGCCAUGUCAGAAUGGCAAAAGAGAAAACGUCAUCAACGUGUAUCGAGCACAUUCUCUCAAUCCGGUUUUGCUCCCGAAUGCAUAGUUUCGUCUCGACAAUUAAACGCUCGAUCUCAGACUCCAAUAAAUAUGCCAGGAUCACGUCAGACUGCUCAACACUUGCCAUCACCUAGUUUUCACGAUGUUGCAAAGUUUUUGGAGCAUCCGGAAAAAAUAGCCGAGUUGGAUUCCCAGCAUGUGGAUCUAUUGAUUAAGCUGCUGGAGCAGAAUAAGCAGUCGUAUCAACGUUGGCUUGAGUCUAAAGCCUAUGAGCGUAAGCUCAGUCGGGCCAAAGAUUUGGCAGAAGCAAAAAAACAACGCACUGAGCAGGAACGUAAGGCUGCCAGGGAAAUACAGCAGAGAUUAAAUACCAAGAUGAAGCUUGAUGAGUGGAAAAGAAAAAAGGAUCUUGAGCGACUAAAAGAACAAGUGCAGUCCCAUGACGAAAUGCAGCAGAUCAAAACGGAGGUCGCGCAGCGUAGAAAAGAGGCUAAUAAGGCAUAUCAUAUCUGGUAUCAUAAUUACUGUCAAAAGCAAAAAGAGCUGAGCAUGUCAGAAAAUGCGCAUUUAAAUAGUAAACGACUGUCCAGUCGUCAACAGUGGGUUGAUACUCUACCUAAUUUUAUUGAUACAGGUAUGACUUCAAAAUCAAGAUCCAAAAUGUCUAGAAAUAGAGCCGAAGGCGUGGAACCACUCCUGUCACCACCUCAUCUUUACCAGGACUACACCAGAUGUAAAUUACUUGUACCUGAUUAUGUCCGCAAAUACGGAGUUCAAGUUGCAUCCGCAGGUAUGGGUCUAGCACUAGAUCAUGUUUUUCAAAACGAAUCCGUUUGA